AUGGCUACUCCACCGACUCAAGUGACGGAGUAUGUCCGUCGACCAGCUCCAGGCAAGGUGGGCAAGGUUGUCAACAUCCACUCCAACUUCUUUGAAGUCAAGCAACUGCCCAAUAUCACGAUCCACCACUACGAUGUCACUGUCACUCCCGAUGUACCUCCGCCAGUGAACCGCAAGAUCUUUCAGCAGCUCACGACAUCUUACCGCGAGUCUGAUCUGAACGGUGCCCGGCCCGUGUUUGAUGGUCGGAAGAAUAUGUUCUCUCCUAAGGCGUUCCCGUUUGAGAGCCGCAUGUUCGAGAUCGUGCUCGCGGGCGACAUCACGCCUAACCCCAACCCGGCUCGUCCUCCACCAAAGUUCAAGGUCAAGGUCAAGAAGGCCUCAACUAUAAACCUUGAAGAGCUCCAUCGGUUCCUAAACGGUCGCUCGCCUCUGACCAACAACUGCCUCACCGCCAUCAUGGCCCUCGAUGUCCUCAUCCGUCACCAGCCUGCCAUGCUCUACGCCACAGUCGGUCGUUCCUUCUACACCCCCAUCGGCAAGCAGGCUCUCGCUGGCCCCUUGGAUGUCUGGAGAGGCUUUUACCAGUCUGCUCGCCCCGCUGUUGGCAUGUCUUCUCUUCAGUUCUUCCUUCUGUGA